AUGUCUUUUCCUCACAGAGGAACAUCGCCUCAUUCGCCUCAUUCGGGCAACUCCUCUCAUUCACCCCAAGCGAGCGAGGCUAGCGGGUAUGGCCCACGAGAGGUGAGUGACAAGCCAUCCGGAACAAGCAGAAGAGACCCAGAAAGACAACGACGGAUGCUAACACAGUUUGUUAAACAGCAAGCGUACGGCUACGAGGAGAAACCCGAGAACAUCGACAGCCAGCAGUCUUUGCUCUACCGAAAUCAGCCCAGCCCAUUCAAUGCUUCCUUCGAUGACCCAUAUGCCUCGACCGAUUCCCUUCGUCGCUACACACUACAUGAUCCCGGAGUCACGAUCUUCCCGGAUGGCCCAUACCAGGAGUCCGCGGCAGGACUCAACCGUCGCUCUGGUAUUCCAUCUGUUCAAUCACCUAUGUCCGAAACACCAUCAGAAGCCUGGCAGAACCGACAGGCACCUGGGUCAGGGCUGCGACGUUAUGCUACGCGAAAGAUUAAGUUGGUCCAGGGCUCUGUGCUCAGUGUGGACUACCCGGUGCCGAGUGCCAUUCAGAACGCCAUUCAGAAGGAGUACAGGGAAUCGGAGGAGGGUUUCCCGGAAGAAUUCACGCAUCUCCGUUAUACCGCGGCCACCUGUGAUCCUGACGAGUUCACCUUACGCAACGGAUACAAUCUGCGACCGGCUAUGUACAACCGACACACCGAGCUCCUGAUUGCCAUCACCUAUUACAACGAAGAUAAAGUUCUGACCGCGCGGACGCUCCACGGUGUCAUGCAGAACAUUCGGGACAUCGUGAAUUUGAAGAAGUCAGAAUUCUGGAACAAAGGUGGCCCGGCCUGGCAAAAGAUCGUGUGCUCAUUGGUUUUUGAUGGUAUUGAUCCUUGUGACAAGAAUACCCUCGACUUGUUGGCCACAAUUGGUAUCUACCAAGAUGGCAUUAUGAAGCGUUCCGUCGAUGGUCGGGAAACCGUCGCACACAUCUUCGAAUACACCACCCAACUAUCUGUCACCUCCAACCAACAAUUGGUCCGGCCCCAGGGUAACGAGUCGACAAACCUUCCUCCUGUUCAAAUGAUUUUCUGCCUUAAACAGAAGAACAGUAAGAAGAUUAACUCCCACCGGUGGCUUUUCAACGGUUUCAGUCGAAUCCUCAACCCCGAAGUCGUGAUUCUUAUUGAUGCCGGAACUAAGCCUGGAAAGAAAUCGCUCCUUGCAUUGUGGGAGUCCUUCUACAACGAUAAGAACUUGGGUGGAUCUUGCGGUGAGAUUCACGCAAUGUUAGGAAAAGGGUGGAAGAACUUGAUGAACCCCCUUGUCGCUGCACAAAACUUCGAGUACAAGAUCUCCAAUAUUCUUGACAAACCGCUAGAGAGUGCCUUCGGGUAUGUUAGCGUGUUACCGGGUGCCUUCUCCGCGUACCGCUAUCGCGCUAUUAUGGGUCGCCCCUUAGAGCAGUACUUCCACGGUGACCAUACACUCUCAAAGCAGCUGGGUAAGAAGGGUAUUGAGGGCAUGAACAUCUUUAAGAAGAAUAUGUUCCUUGCUGAGGACCGUAUCUUGUGUUUCGAGCUUGUGGCAAAGGCUGGAUUCAAAUGGCAUCUAACCUACGUGAAGGCGUCAAAGGGUGAGACCGAUGUGCCAGAGGGUGCGGCUGAGUUUAUCAGUCAGCGACGUCGUUGGUUGAACGGUUCGUUCGCCGCCAGUUUGUAUGCAAUGAUGCAUUUCGGGCGGAUUUAUAAGAGUGGCCACAACAUCCUGCGGCUAUUUUUCCUGCAUAUCCAGAUGACCUACAACUUUAUGGGUCUUGUCAUGACUUGGUUCUCUCUCGCCUCAUUCUGGCUGACUACUACUGUCAUCAUGGACCUUGUCGGAACUCCUAGUCAAUCUAACUAUUAUAAGGGAUGGCCUUUUGGUAAUGACGCCUCGCCAAUCGUGAACAACUUCCUGAAGUAUGGAUACAUAUUCUUCUUGAUGCUGCAGUUCAUCCUGGCGCUAGGAAAUCGGCCGAAAGGUUCGCGCUUGGCAUACACGCUUUCGUUCGUCUACUUCAGUAUCCUUCAAAGUUACAUCAUUGUCCUAUCGUUCUACCUUGUCAAGAACGCCUUCACUGGAGGUACACUUGAUUUCUCUCUAGACCAAGGUGUUGGCCACUUCCUCAAGUCUUUCUUCAGUUCUUCCGGGGCCGGUAUCGUCCUUAUCGCUUUGGUUUCGACUUAUGGUAUUUACUUCCUCGCGAGUUUCUUGUACAUGGAUCCCUGGCAUAUGUUCACGUCCUCCUGGGCGUACUUUGCUGGCAUGACCUGUUCGAUCAAUAUCCUGAUGGUCUACGCUUUCUGCAACUGGCAUGACGUUUCCUGGGGUACUAAGGGUUCUGACAAGGGCGAUUCGCUCCCCGUCGCUGAGACGAAGAAGGAUGACGCCAAGUCAAACUUCAUUGAAGAAGUCGACAAGCCGCAGGCCGAUAUCGAUAGUCAGUUUGAAUCGACGGUCAAGAGAGCGCUGGAGCCGUAUGUGCAGCCUGCAGAUAAUGAUGAACCAAGCAUGGACGAUGGCUAUAAGGCUUUCCGAACCAACCUGGUGUUGAUUUGGAUUUUCAGCAACUUGAUUCUUGCACUGUGCAUCACCAGUGAAGGAAUUACCCGUCUCUGUCUCACAAACACCUCUACCACCCGUACAUCCAAAUACUUCGCCGCUAUUCUGUGGACGACCGCCGGUCUGUCGAUUUUCCGCUUUAUUGGAUCCCUUUGGUUCCUGGGCAAGUCUGGUAUCUUGUGCUGUGUCUCUCGCCGUUAG